AUGCCAUCAUCAUCCAACUUUGUUUUCAUUUUCGUGUCUCUUGCCAUGCUUAUGCAAACCAUUACGGCAACAGGUCUCUUUUCCAAAACCAAAGGAGAGGUCUCAAUUGGCGAUGCUACUUACUACAAUCCCGGCCCUGGAUCAUGCGGAUUUACAAAUGCAGAGAAUGAGGACAUUGUGGCGAUGAAUUAUGUCCAAAUGGAAAAUGGUCCCAACCCCAACAACAACCCGCUUUGCGACACGUAUAUCAUCAUCAAAGGUUCUCAAGGAGAAAGCAAAGCUCGCAUUGUCGAUACUUGCCCAAAGUGCGAAUACGGAUGUUUGGAUCUAUCACCAAAAGUGUUCUUGGACGUAUGCGGUGAUUUAGACAAAGGAAGAUGCACCGUCCGUUGGAAGUUCAUGUAA